AUGGACGUGCCCGAAUCUACAUCGCCGCGCGUGCGCUAUCGCUUUACUAACAACACCCUUUCCACCCAGAGUUACAACAUUCCUUCUCCCAGCGAGAUGGACGUCGACGCCGCCGAGUACGUCGACGUCUCCAGCAUCGCCGACCGCGACUCCUUCGCCAUCAUAAACCCCGACAAUGUCGACCAAGAAAGCGAACCUCUCCAAGAUCUUCCUCUGGCCAACGACUAUGAGGCCAUGAAGGACAUUGUUCUCCCCCCACUGCUCGACCAGCCCAAGAUACUCGAGGACUGUGUAAACACAUGGACCGUUGAAAACUGGCGCAGCCUCGGCAAGAAGGAACAUGGUCCCGUCUUCCACGCUGGCGGGUUUCCUUGGCGCAUUCUGCUAUUUCCCCAUGGAAACAACACCGAUCACUGCUCCAUCUAUCUCGAGCACGGCUUUGACCUCGAUGCCGUACCAGACAAUUGGAGCUGCUGUGUUCAGUUUGCCCUCGUUCUUUGGAAUCCCAACGACCCCAGCCUAUACACCAACCAUGCCGCCCACCACCGCUUCACCAAGGAGGAGGGCGAUUGGGGCUUCACACGUUUCGUGGAGAGCAGAAGAAUGUUCAAUGUACCCUGGGAGAAUAGCACUAGACCUCUUCUCGAGAACGAGACAGCCAACAUUACCGCCUACGUUCGCCUGGUCGAAGACGAAACAGGCGUCCUUUGGCACAAUUUUCUCCACUACGACUCCAAGGUCGAAACCGGCUAUGUCGGUCUCAAGAACCAGGGCGCCACGUGCUACCUCAACUCCCUACUUCAGUCACUAUAUUUCACGAACGCCUUCCGCAAGGCCGUCUACGAAAUUCCAACUGAAAAUGACGAUAGCUUGACAAACUCUGCCUACACCUUGCAACGGCUAUUCUAUCAAUUGCAAACUUCAGACCAGGCCGUAGGCACAAACGAGUUGACAAAGUCAUUUGGAUGGGAAACACGACACAUUUUUGAGCAACAAGAUGUCCAAGAACUCUCGCGCAAGCUCAUGGAGAGACUAGAGGAGAGAAUGAAGGGCACCAAGGCCGAAAACGUCCUCCCCGAAAUAUUCAGCGGCAAGAUCAAGACGUACAUUUCUUGCAUCAAUGUCGACUAUGAAUCAAGUCGAGUCGAAGACUUUUGGGACAUUCAGCUCAACGUCAGCGGCAACAAGAGCCUGCUCGACAGCUUUCGCGACUACAUUCAGGUAGAGAAGAUGGACGGCGAGAACCAGUAUUUCGCCGGCGACGAGCACAAGCUGCAAGACGCAGACAAGGGUGUCAUUUUUAACAGUUUUCCCGAUGUCCUUCACCUACAGCUCAAGCGUUUCGAGUACGACAUUCAAAGAGACAUGAUGAUGAAGAUCAACGACCGCUACGAAUUCCCUGACGUUUUUGACGCUGCUCCCUAUCUCAACGACGAUGCCGAUACAUCCGAGCCUUGGACAUACCAGCUGCACGGCGUCCUUGUUCACAGCGGCGAUCUCAACGCUGGUCACUACUACGCCUUUAUCAAGCCCAACAAGGACGGCUGGUUCUACAAGUACGACGACGACAAGGUCACCAAGGCUACUCUACGAGAGGUUUUAGAGGAAAACUAUGGCGGCGAGGAGCGUAUUCCCAACGGAUAUACCAGAGCCCCCCUGCAGAAGAAGGCCCCGACUGUUCGUCAGAACAGUGCUUACAUGCUGGUCUAUAUUCGCCAAAGCCGCGUCGACAAGAUUCUCUGCCCUGUUACCCAAAAUGAUAUUCCCUCGCAUCUACAGCAGCGUCUUGAGGAAGAGAACGCUUUGAAGGAGGCCCGUCGCAAGGAGCAACGUGAAGCCCACCUCUACAUGAUGGCCAAGGUUAUCACUAACCAGACCUUUCGCAACUAUGGCGAAACCGACAUGGGCCGUUUUGACAUCGACGCCGAAGAUGAGUCGGCUCCCCGGUCGUAUCGCCUCAAGAAGUCAACUGUCAUGGAAGACUUUGUACAGCAGGUCGCACACGACAUUGGCGAGGACCCUCGCAAAGUCCGCCUUUGGCUCAUGGUCAAUCGACAAAACAAAACUAUCCGUCCUGAUCAGCCUGUCAUGGAUUUGACUCUGACUGUGGAGGAGACUUAUGCCCGCUCCGCCGCACACAGAGAUUCGAGUCUUCGACUUUGGGCCGAGGUUGCGACCGAAGUCGACAACGACGGAGAGGCCAUCUGGCCUUCAUACCAAGCGCCGGCGGCAAACGGCUCCAAAGAGGAUACUAUUCUUCUCUUACUCAAGUAUUUUGACGUAGAGAAGCAGGAGCUGCGCGGCGUGGGUCACGUUUACAUGGCCAAGGAUAAGAAGAUUGAAGACAUGGUACCACUGAUCCACGCCGCCAUGGGCUGGGAGGCCAAGCUGGCUGAUGACGAACGCUUGUUACUCUGGGAGGAGAUCAAGCCUAAUAUGAUUGAACCUCUUAAGCCGAAGUUCACCCUAAAGAUGGCUGAACUGCAGGAUGGAGACAUCAUCUGUUUCCAAAAGACGUCGGAGCAUAAGCUCCAAGCCCGCAUGUCAGAUGCAUCGAACAAGGAACAGGCUCCAUUAGGCGAUCGUAUGGAAGAUGCCAGAGAGUACUACGACUUCUUGGAGCACAGGAAGACUGUGCGAUUCCACGCCCAUCCUACUCGCUGCGACCAGGAAAAGUACCCCGCAUUCGAACUCGUUUUUAACUCCAAGAUUACCUACGACGUUUUGUCCGAGAGCGUGGGGGCAUACCUCAAGGUGGAACCAACACACAUCCGUUUGUGGACUGUCAAUGCAUCUACAAACAACCCCAAGGCGCCGGUGAGGCGAGGCACCAACCCAACUCUGCGGCAGAUUCUCCAUCCCACCGGAGGAAGCCUGAAUUCUAGUCAAAGAAAUGAUGCAUUUUACUUUGAAGUGCUUGAGAUGAGUCUGGCAGAGCUGGAUACCAAGAAAAGCGUCAAGCUCACUUGGCUUAGCGACGGUCUCGCCAAGGAGGAGCAGUUUGAUCUCCUUGUGCCCAAGACGGGAACGAUUGAGGACCUAAUUCAGGCUCUGGUCAAAAAGGCUAGGAUCGCGGACGAGGCCGAAGGAGGGAGGAUACGCGUCUACGAAACGAGUUCUAACAAAUUCUAUCGCGAGCCUGUCCGCGAUCAUGCUGUGCAGAAUCUGAGUGAAUACACGCAAAUUUACGCAGAGCGUGUGCCCGCCGACGAGCAGGACGCCAACGAAGCCAACUAUAUCCAGGUGUUUCAUUUCCAGAAUGAGCCCAGCCGCACUCAUGGUGUGCCGUUUAGAUUUCUUCUUGUCGAGGGCGAGAGGUUUGCGGACAGCAAGAAGCGUCUGGAAAAGAGAACCGGCCUCAAAGGCAAAAGUUUUGAAAAGAUCAAGUUCGCCAUUGUGCGUAGGAGCAACCCUUCAAAACUUCGGUAUCUUGAAGAUGACGACGAGCUCUGGACCAUGGCCACUUCUGAGGACGACUUCCUAGGUCUGGAUCACCCCGACCGCACAAGGUCGGUACGAAAUGGAUCGGAAGCACUUUUCCUUCGUUGA